UACAUAUUUCAGCUCAGGUGUUCAAACUUUCGGCAGGUGAAAGCAGCUGCUGUAGGUGCGACUAAAACAGGUGUAAGGUUACAGUUGUUGAGUGUCUGACGAUUGUGUUGUAAGGUUCUGGGAAUGGACUAGAUGUCUUCGGAAUUAUAAAGUGCUUAAAUCCCUGAGUGAGUGAUGGCCCAGCAGUAUCACCUGAAGUUUGAUGGAAGUGCUGCUGCUUCAGUUGACAAGUACUUGGAGUACAGACGAAUUGUAGGAGAAGAUGAUGGAGGACAGUUGUUCACUCCGGAGCAGUAUGAAGAGUAUAAGAAGAAGGUUCUCCCCAUGAGACUUAAGAACAGACUGUACACCAGCUGGUCUUCCCCCACCGGUAUGGACUGUAAGCAGAUCGGACCAGAGACUCCGUGCUUCUGUGGACACAGGUACAAACAGCAUAAGACUGAUUUCCAAAAGCUUCCCGAGGAGCGGCCUAUCAACCUCCCGUGUCGCGUGAACGGGUGCAAGUGUGCGGCGUACCACUACGUACCGCUGAACGGCAGCCAGCCAAUCAGGUGUGGCUGUAAGCACUACGCCGACAACCACUCGGAGCUGUUUCCUUAUAGGUGUAGGAAAGUUGCUCCAGGUGGCGCAACCUGCACCUGUCCCGGCUUCAAGAGUUCGUUCACCUGCGGCUGCGGACAGGCGACCUACAGACACGAGACCCUGGUGGAGACCAAGGAUGAAAGGGAGGCAAGGGGCCACCCCGUGGGUUGUGACGUCCCCUAUGCGGCCAUGGGAGGGCUGACUGGCUUCAGUUCUCUCGCCGACGGAUACAUGAGACUGGACCCCAGCGGCAUUGGUGACCCCUACCCUGACGGAUACCUGUUUGACCCCAUCGGGGUCGACGACCAUCCGUUCCUCAGGGCGCACGCCAACACCAUCCGCCAGGUCGAAGGUCAGCGUCAGCUGCAGGGGGGCGGGGGCGUGCCUGCGCUGACCAAUCAGAUGGAAGGCAUGAAGAUGGAGGGAGAAGAUGACAUGGCGUACUUUGAGAGACGUUACCAAGAGAGGUUGAAGGCUGAGAGACAGCGAGCACGCCAGCCAGCCGUCAGAUCUGCGACCACGCAGCCACGGGUUGGGCUGCGUAAAACGCCCGCAUCUGGGAAAGCUCGCGGGAAGAAACCCUGA